GCGGACCCCGCUCGCCCCGCCGGGCCCCGGGGGCCGAGCCGGCAUGAAGGCCGGGGGGGGCCCGGAUCCCGCUGCCCAGCGGCCGGCGAGGCCCCCCGGAUCCUCCCCGGUCCGGAACGGGGACCGCGGCCGAGCCGAGGGCCACGGCGGCCCGGGGAGGACGGGGUCGGAGCCGGCCGGCGGCGACCAGGAGCGGCUGAUGGGCGAGCUGGAGGCGCUGGUGACGGAGGCGGUGCGGGGCAGCGGCUGGUGGGAUCGGCGAGGCUUGGACUGCUUCAUCCUCCUCCUCAGCUUCCUUGCCCUGCCCGCAGGAUUCCUGUGCCUCCGCUCCGAGUGCGUCCUGGUCUUCGCGCUGGGCAUCGCCAUCCUGGGUGUGGUGCACAGCACGAUGACCGUCAAGGGGAGCCACCUGGCCGUCCACGGCGCCCUCACCAGCUCCAAGGGAUGGAGCCGGGUCUGGGUGCUCUUCUUCGUGGAGGUGUGCACAGCAUUCUCGGCAGACCAGGCCGUGCAAGGUCACGUCAAGUUGCACCACGCCUAUACCAACGUGCUCGGCCUCGGAGACUCGAGCACCUGGAAACUGCCCGCCCUCAACCGCUUCGUCUACAUGUUCCUCGCCCCCUUCAUGCUGCCCGUCUUCACCCCGCUGGUGGCGCUCGGGCUGCUGAAGGAGGCCGAGCCCCGGGUGGCACUUCGCACCCUGAGCCUCAUGGCCCUGGGCCUCGGCUCUCACUACUGGCUGCUGCUGCGGGUGUCGGGGUUCCAGUCGGCCACCUCCGCUCUGCUGUGUAUGGUCCUCACUCGCUCCCUGCUGGCCCACCCUUACCUGCACGUCAACAUCUUCCAGCAUAUCGGGCUGCCCAUGUUCUCCCUGGACAAGAAGCCGCGGCGAAUCCACCUAAUGAGCCACGGGGUCCUCAACCUGUCCCGCAACCCUCUGCUGGACUGGGCCUUCGGCCACUCCAUCAUCAGCUGUCACGUGGAACAUCACUUAUUCCCGCGCCUCUCAGACAACAUGUGCCUCAAGGUGAAGCCCCUGGUGUCACGGUUCCUGCGAGAGAAGCAGCUCCCGUACAACGAAGACUCAUACCUGUCCCGGCUGUGCCUGUUCCUGUCGCGCUAUGAGGAAUUGUUGGUGCACGCCCCACCCAUCACCGAGCUCGUGGGGUUCCAGUGAGGGAGGGGGGCCGCGCCCCGGCCCACCCCACCUCGGCUCCGGGGACCACCCCGCCCCCGCCGGACCUGUCUUUGGAGGCAUCACCCAGAGACUGGAUCCGGUGAAAUCCGGACGAGUCUGGCUGGGUCCAGCCCCCGGGAGCUGCUGGGAACCCAAGUCUGAAAUUUGGCCUGUCGGUCAGUCCGCGGGGCCAGAGUGACCGGGCUCUGGCCGUCAGGGACCGUGGGCUGGGUGGGCCAAGGGCUGGGGGCCAAAAGGAAGUCACGGGGAUGCACCGCUCUCAAUCACCCUUGCUGUCCCACUCUGGGCCGGCCCAGGGCUCCGUAAGGUCCUAGCCCGCUGGCUGGCCCCCGAGAGGCUUCGGGCUGAGCUCCAGAGGGGAAAAGGGCCAGAAUGGUGGGGGGGACAGGGAGGGGGCUUCUUAUUCAGCCCUGUUGGGCCUAAGGCCUGCAAGGGGCAUCACCAACGGGGAUGGGAGCUGGGGAGUGGACCUCGGACACCGGCUGGGAGGGUUAGGCAGGUUGGGGUCUCUUGAGACCUCUCUGAUGAGCCUCCUCUUCCCUGCUUCUCCGCGGGUCAGGGGUCAGAGUCCUGCUGGGGAGGAGGGGAAGGACACCAUGUCAUCCCCACCCCACCUCCAACCCCAGCCCAGAGAUGGAUGAGGUCCUUCCCUGCCUUCCAAAGGGCUGGGAACUGGGGCUGCAGGGAGUUGGCUUUGAGCUGGCCGGGGCUCCGGCUCAGAUCCAGUCCGGAGGCCCUGGACAAGCUGGACUGAGCCCUGGGCUAAGGGAGAUUCGAGGAGUGGGUGAGGCUGAACCCCUUAGGCCUGGAAACCCCUGGCUCUCUCCUCCAGCCUCAAAUCUCUUGCAUUUCCUGAAGAAACAGUUUGGAAGGGGACUGGGAGAGAGGGGAGGCAGGAUUGUGAGUUGGGAAGGGUGGGAGAUUCUGGAGGUGAUGGA